AUGAAGCCCGUAGUAUCCGCCUUCAAUGCAUGGACAUGCAUCGUCAUCUCCGUCUUCGCGAUCAUCAUCCUAAGCGCAAUCGGCAGCAUGUUCGCAAACAACCACCACAGCAUGAUGGGCUCAGAUGAGGAUCCCGAGAGUGGCAGCGCAGUCGCUGCGGCUGUGUUCGGUGCGGUUGGUGUAUACGGCGUCUUCCUACUUUUCUGCGCAAGUCAAGCCUUCCUACACCAAAGACAAAGCCGGCAGGGAGAGAUAGCAUUACGAUAG